AUGUCCGCGCCCAUCGCUGGCCCAUCAACAAUGGUCCACCCUGCUGUUGGGGACACAACGCCGUUCAUUGACGGGCGUGGGGACCAGCUCGCUGUGCGCACCUUCCGCGACGAGGAUACCGACCUACCAGGUCUGACGCGGCUGUGCGAGGAGGAGCUGAGCGAACCUUAUAAUGUGUAUACGUUCCGGUACUUUCUCACUGAAUGGCCGCACCUCACCUUCUUCGUAUACCCAUCAAGCGAUGAUCCUGAGCCUCUUGCCACCAUUAUUUGCAAACAGGACAUGCAUCGCGACCGCACGAACAGGGGUUACAUUGGCAUGCUGAGCGUCAGCGGUCGCUGGCGGAGACGAGGUAUCGCUCGCCGCCUGGUCGAGCUUGCUAUCCGAACGAUGGAGGAACGCGGUGCCCAAGAAAUUGUUAUGGAGACCGAGUACGAUAACGUUCCCUCUCUCGCACUGUACGAGGCACUCGGCUUUGUCCGCGAGAAGCGCCUCCACCGAUUCUACUCCAACGGCAAAGACGCGUACCGACUUAUUCUUCCUCUUGGAGCACACCCGCUGGUCGAGACCGUUGAGGAGGCCGAGCGUGGCCGUUUCCUCGUUUCCCAGGGCCCAGGCGACGACAUGCCGCCCGAGGUUGCCUUUGUCCUUGCCGGUCCGGACGAUUGCUCAGACGACGUCGCGCGGUUAAGCCUCGAAGAUUUCAAGCCCCAGCCCAGGACAAGACCCGACUACAUCUUCUAA